AUGAAUCCAAUGAGAGAGAUAAGCAUUAAGAAACUGUCGAUACACAUUUGCACACGAGAGAGUGGAGUAAAGCUUGAGAAGGCAGCAAAGGUUCUUGAGCAGCUGACUGGCCAGAAGCCUGUUUCAUCGAAGGCAAGGAUGACGAUCAGAAGCUUUGGGAUCCGAAGAAACGAGAAGAUUGCAGUGCAUGUCAAUGUGUCAGGCAAGAAGGCAUAUGAGCUUCUGAACACGGCAUUGAAGGUAAAGGAGUAUGAGCUGAAGACAGGCUGUUUCAGCAACAACGGAUGCUUCGGAUUUGGAAUUGAAGAGCACAUUGAUCUUGGACUGAAGUACGACCCAAGUGUUGGUAUUUUUGGAAUGGACUUCUUUGUUGUUCUUAGCAGGCCUGGAGACAGAGUAUCGAAGAGAAGAAGGUGUAAGUCUAGGGUAGGAAACGGGCAGAGGGUGUAUGCCGAGGAUGCCAAGUCGUGGUUUAUUGAGAACUUCGAGGGUGUUCUGAUCGAAUAA